GGCAGGAAAGUAAGUGAGCCCCUCCUCCACCCUAGACCUUUCCCUCUGUGCAUGUGAGCCAGGCUCCCUUUCAUCCAGAGUCAGAACAAACUUCCUCUGAGCCACUUACAGGAACUUCAGGCAUAGCUAAUCCAAUGACUUUAACGAAACAGGAUUUCAGUGGGGGACUUCUGCCACCCUCUGAGCUGGGCACUGCUGGCACAGACCACAGCAGAGGGAAAGAAAAGGCAAUGUUGGAAUCUUUUGCAGGAGGAGACCCCUUUGGAUCAGUGGAGCCUGAAAAAAAGCCCACUGGAAGGCUGAUUAUGCACAGUAUGGCCAUGCUUGGUCGAGAAUUCUGCUAUGCAGUGGAGGCUGCCUUUGUCACCCCGGUACUGCUCAGUGUGGGGCUGCCCAAGAGCCUCUACAGCUUGGUGUGGCUCAUCAGCCCCAUCCUGGGCUUUGUGCUGCAGCCAGUGGUGGGAUCCGCCAGUGACCACUGUACCUCGGGCUGGGGCAAGCGCCGCCCUUACAUCCUGGCUCUGGGCAUCAUGAUGCUGCUGGGCAUGGCCCUGUACCUCAAUGGAGACAUGAUGGUCUCAGCUUUGAUCCCUGAGCGAGGCAAGCAGCAGACCUGGGCUAUAGUCAUAACUAUGCUGGGAGUAGUGCUCUUUGACUUUGCAGCUGACUUUAUUGAUGGUCCCAUCAAAGCAUAUCUAUUUGACGUUUGCUCUCAUCAGGAUAAAGAAAAAGGUCUUCAUUACCAUGCUCUCCUCACAGGUCUGGGUGGUGCCCUGGGUUACCUAACAGGUGCUAUGGACUGGGGGCAUUCUGUACUAGGAAGAUUUUUGGGAUCGGAAUUCCAGGUGAUGUUCGUCAUUGCGGCUUUGGUUUUCCUAAUCUGUCUUACUGUACACUUGUGCAGCAUUCCUGAAGCCCCUCUCAGAGAUGACAAUACAGAAACUAAGCACUUGCUGAAAAUGGAUGAGCCCUGCAAGUAUGGUUCCAUAGACGGAGUCAAGAAUGGUUAUUUAAAUCCAGGAUAUGAUGAAAAAAAGACUUUAUCUGAGUUGGGGAAAUCCUUAGAAACACCACAUACGCAGGUUCAGACACGGAUGACAGUUAAAAGCCUCAUGAAGGCACUGGUAAGCAUGCCUUCCCACUAUCGCUGCCUGUGCGUCAGUCACCUCAUCGGAUGGACAGCUUUCCUUUCCAACAUGCUCUUCUUCACGGACUUCAUGGGUCAGAUAGUAUACCAAGGUAAUCCUUAUGCACCACAUAACUCCACAGUGUACCUUACCUAUGAAAGAGGAGUAGAGAUUGGAUGCUGGGGCAUGUGCAUCAAUGCAAUUUCUUCAUCACUCUAUUCCUACUUGCAAAAACGUCUUUUGCCUUAUAUAGGAUUAAAGGGACUUUAUUUCAUUGGAUACCUGCUUUUUGGGGUAGGCACUGGGUUUAUCGGACUGUUUCCCAAGGUAUAUUCUACUCUGGCUCUGUGCUCGCUCUUUGGAGUCAUGUCCAGCACGCUAUACACUGUCCCGUUCAACCUCAUUGCAGAAUAUCACAGGGAAGAAGAGAGUCAAAAGGAACAGAAUGGAGGAGAAGCUGAGGCCAAUGGAAGAGGGAAGGGAAUUGACUGUGCUGCUCUCACGUGCAUGGUGCAGCUGGCACAGAUUAUUGUUGGAGUGGGUCUGGGGUUCUUGGUCAGUGCUGCGGGCAGUGUAAUAGUAGUUGUGAUUUGUGCAUCUGCUGUGGCAUUAAUAGGCUGUUGCUUUGUUGCUUUUUUUGUCCGAUAUGUGGAAUAAAAGAGUAUGUAGCUGACGGAAGAAAUCUCCAUCGGAACAUUUUUGUUCUUGAUCUGUAUCCAUGUGGUGCAAUUUCUACAAUUGUAUUUUAUAGCACCCUCUUCUUUAAUUGGCUGGAAUGGUUAAAAUUCCAGGGAAUUAUUUUUCCACAGGGUGGCAGUACUUAGUAAAAUCAGUGGCCUCACUUUUCAAGCUGUAAGAUCUCUCCAUGGCUUUCCUUUCUCUGCCCCAAUUUCAUGUUCACAUGUAAGCCACUUUUAUACAUGGCAGUGUAAGGCUUUUCAUGAUUAGUGGUAAUGCCCAUUAUGAGCCAAACUGGAGAAGAUAAGAGAUUAAAUGUGUGUCAAAAAGUAUGUACCCAGUAAGGAUGAAAGUGGGGGUUACUGAUCCCAAACUCUAAGGAUGUACUUUUAAGAUGGAGGGGAGGAGGGCAUUAACUUGGAAUUAUAGUCCCGGGGAGGUGUCAAGGAGUCACACCAGUGCUUAAUUUGUGCCAGGGCUGAGUCCCAGCACUUCUAGGGUUGGCAGUUCAUAGCCCUGGCACCUCUGGACUUAUUGCAUCAGUUAUGAAAGUAAAAAAAAAAAAAUUGCUUGAGCCUCCAGCACCUCCAUUACAGAUUAAGCACUGGUUACAGCCGUGUCAUUCCAUUAUUGCCAAAUGAGACAGGUGUUCUGGGUAGAUGAGGAGCAGGCAUGGUGUGGAAAUGGGAGAUCUUGGCGUAGAAAAGAUUGAAAAGGUAUAUCCUACUGCUGGGCAGCUUUAUGCUGUAAAUUGUGCUUUAUAUAAAUGUGAAACAAAAACAUAAACCAAGAUUUUCAAACCUGAGUGCCUAGAUAUGGGCUCUUACAUCCGUAUUUAGGCUCCUAAAUGGGGAGUCAGUGGAAAGCUGCUAGGAACAGAGCACCUUUGAAAAUCUAAUUAUGUGUUUACAUGCCUAAAAUUAGGCACCCAUAUUUUAAAAAUCUUGGCCAAAAAUUCUAAAUUUGUGAGCCACCUACAGUGUUCAAACUGAGUGAUAUAGUAUGUAUCUUAACAAUGAAUUCAGAACUGUUUGCGCUCUUUUUCUGCACAUAAGGGUCUAACUUAAUUACAUUCUUGUUUUGCUGCUUUCAGAAUAUUAUUGUGACUUAAUUCAAUUCCACAAAGCAUUACUAUGAAUUAUUCAAUGUAUACACCUCAAACCAGUCUGUUAAAUCCUGUAGGCAAACUAGUAUAGUUGUAGAAUAGUGAUAGAAAUAGUGAUAGUAUAGUUGUAUUGAGUACAGAUUAAAGUGUACAUUUUAUUUUUCAUUAAAACACCAGAAUUUGUUACACUUUAAGCUUUUCCUGAAUCAUUCCUUCUAUAUUCAAGAAAGUUUCAAAUUGGACCAAUAAAGGGUUAAGAGUAAAGAUAUCUGAAUGAGCUUUAGAAAAUUGAUUUUGCAUUCCCUAGUAAUUGGAGUCAAUGGGAAUAUGGGGUACUUAGGAGACACCAGACCUGACCUGUUAUUAAGAUGUAUUCCUGGCUAAAAUACAUCCAAAAAGAGCAUUGAGUUGCUUGCUUCCAAAAUUUUGAUUUUAAAGUGAAGUAUCUUCAUUGGUGAUGUGUGUCUUCUUCUCUGGUGGCGUUCCUAUCCAUGCCCCAGGGUAAGUGCUCAGCCACCUUAAGCCCUCCGUCAAUACAAUAUUUUGAUGAAAUCCCACAGGGAGGGAUUGUUGCCACAUUUGUUUCUAAAAAGUAAUGUAUGGCUCUUAUUAGCACCAUUAAUUCCAAUUUGUUAUUGACUUUCAGCACAGCAAAGUACCCUUAAGCAAUAUGACAUCAUAGCCCUAUGAAUGUUGCUCAGUUUUUGAUCUGAGGGCUUGUGUGCAUUUGUAUUGACAUGCCACUCAGAUGCAUUCGCUUAUGUUUUUCAGUUCUUCCAAACACUUCCCACUGUGACUGGUUUAAUCAUUGAAGGCCUCUUGGGCUGCAUCUCAGGGACAGCAAAGCCCUGAAAGGCUAACUGAUGAUGGAUCCCAGCUGGGCAGGGGCAGCAGCAGGGGCAAGCUGUGCUUGUAGAAAGCCAGCAAGCUGAGAGCAGAAGAGGGCUGCAGGGAAAGUAGCAUUCAGUCUCUCCCUGGGAAAAAGGGUAUGUGUCUGGAGCUACACAGCCUGGCAAGAUGUCGAAGAAAGGAGUUGUCUACAACUAUUCCUUGGGAGGAGAGAGUUUGGACUGAUAAACCCAGAAGAGGGAGCUGAAGAUAAGAGCAGGGAAGUAGGAAUGAGUCUAGGGAAAUAGCAGCAGGAUUUGGAAGCAAGCAGCCUGGAGUUACUUGACAGAGGGUCCCUGAACUGGAAUGUGGAAUAGGAGAUAAGCCUGGUUUCCCUGCCAGCCAUCAAGAAAGUAGUGUAGGACCAGGACUUUGAGCAGAAGAUUGUCUAGAAUGGCAUCAGAGAAACUGAGCCAAUGGGACUUUGAUACCCCGGAAAGGAAAAACUAUAAAGGGAGCUAGUCAGAGGAUUGUCAUGUGAAGUGAGAGCUGCAACUCCUGGAGAACAAGGGGGCAAGGAGAUGCCAUGUGAACUAUCAGAUCCAAGUGGAGUUAAUCCUCAAAUCUAGCCACAAGGAGGUGCCCAACAAUAAGUGAAUCCUGUGAAGUCAUUUAUCACAAGUCCCUUGGAGGUCAAUUAACAAAGGCGUUUCCUUGCUGACAUUUGGGACUUCUGUGAAUUAUUAUACUGGGGAAUUCCAUUCUAACUCCUUGGGCAUUUACUUCCCCUCCAUGUUGUUCUCAUCCCUCCAGACAGCCUAGCGUAUGACAAACUCUACCAUUGCAUGGCUGCAAUUAACCGCCCCGCCCCUUAUUAUCUCAGCCGUUUGGAAUCAGUGGAAUCAGGCUGAAGGUUCUGCAGCAUGAUCCCCUCUCCCACCUGAUUUUGCUGAAGCCCCUUUAUGAAUGCUGUGUUGCAUCGGAGUGCCCAUAGCCAGUGGUGGGACAGAAACUAUAAAACAUCCUUUACUUCUUUAAGGGUACGUCUAGACUACAGGCUUUUAUCGA